AUUUUACGGCGCGUUAUAUCGUAAACAGUUGCCUAUCAUUCGAUACGGUUAAGCGCGCCGCUAUUUCGGUCUAGGCGCGUUUAUUUAUAAGUUUUGAUAUUGAGAAAUUUGUGCGACUUCGAUCGGCGUUCCGAGAUGAGUUCCUGGCGUUGGAGGGAUUCACUGUGUUUUAUUUGUUUUUUAUUGUGGGUAGAUGCAGAAAUGGAGAAAAACGACCUUGACAAGGUGUUGGAGGAUGAAAUUACAUACAAGCUGGGAGAAGACCUGUUGCAGAGUGUUGAGAGGAAAUUCCAGGUGGACCUGGAAAGAUCAGUAGAUAUGGUGCUUAUAAAGAUUAAGUUGCUACUUCAGAAUGGAACUCAGCACAUUCAAGAAAAGUUGCUCGAUAUACAGGGCACUUUGGACAUGAUGAAAAGUCAUGGUGAAAACGAGGUGGAGAUAUGCCUAACACAAAAGCAGAACGAGACCUCAGCAUUAGCAGAGAAGGCGCUGCACCAGAUGGUGGUGUGUGGUUACGCCCUUAUCGGGCAAGACCCUGCGCAGGCUGUACACAAAGUUAUCACCCUGAAGAACAUGAUUAAGACGGGUGUUAAUACACUGUACGAAAAAAAGAAGGAGAUUUAUGGGCUGCUAAAAGUCUGCGGGCACGACCACGACUCUCUGAAGAAGGUCAUCAAGUGCGUCAUCUCGAAGUCCCCGCUAAUAAAGUCGGUGAUGAUGGAAAUAACAGGGAAGCUAGUGAACGGUGUUGUUGAUCUAACAAAACUUAUGGCUCACGGCGCUAUGCAUGAAGCAUGUCUCAUAGAAGUCAUAAAAACCAUUGAAGACGAAGCUAUAGAACUAAUUAAAACAGUAAAAACAUGUGCAUUUGGAAACGAAAAUUUUGCAAAUAUCGAAAAAUAUAUAGCUGAAAAUAAUGCAACAGUUCUUGAUAUACCAAACGAAACAAGUAUGAAAAAUAGUGGAAAUAUGACAAAUGUAAAAGCAAUGAAAGAUAUUUUACAAAGGAUGAUUCAAGGGAAGGAUGGUAAUAGUUUAGAUGAAACGUUCAAAGAUAAACUGAUGAAACUUCAAAACGAUCUGGAUGUUGGGAAUGUAAAUGUUAAUGCGAUUCCGAAUGAUUAGAUUAAAGACGUUGAUUAAAUGAUUGCGAAAUAA